GUCCGCCAUUUGCCAGCGGCGCGGCGCCCAGCCGGAGGGGUACGGCCGUGCGAGCGCGGGCCGCGGAGCGGGUCGCAGCCGCCGCCGCGCCGCGGACAGCAGCCGACCUGGCCAGGGAGCCCGUCCCGCCGCGGCAGCCGGCAGCGCAGCGCUCCGCGGGCGGCAGGCGCGGCCCCGGGGCCCCCGCACGGUGCCCGGCAGCGGGCCUCCCGGGGCUCGAGCCCGGCGGCGUCCGCCGCGAUGGCCCUCAAGAUGGUCAAGGGCAGCAUCGACCGCAUGUUCGACAAGAACCUGCAGGACCUCGUGCGCGGCAUCCGCAACCACAAGGAGGACGAGGCAAAGUAUAUCUCUCAGUGCAUCGAUGAAAUCAAGCAGGAGCUGAAGCAGGACAACAUCGCAGUGAAAGCAAACGCAGUCUGCAAGCUGACCUACUUACAGAUGUUGGGAUAUGAUAUCAGCUGGGCUGCCUUCAACAUCAUAGAAGUGAUGAGCGCCUCCAAGUUCACGUUCAAGCGGAUCGGCUACCUUGCUGCUUCCCAGUGCUUCCACGAGGGGACCGACGUCAUCAUGCUGACGACCAAUCAGAUCCGCAAGGACCUGAGCAGCCCCAGCCAGUACGACACUGGCGUUGCGCUGACCGGCCUGUCCUGUUUUGUUACCCCAGAUCUUGCCAGAGACUUGGCCAAUGACAUCAUGACACUGAUGUCGCACACCAAGCCGUACAUCCGGAAGAAGGCUGUGCUGAUCAUGUACAAGGUGUUCCUGAAGUACCCCGAGUCGCUGCGCCCCGCGUUCCCCCGCCUGAAGGAGAAGCUGGAGGACCCUGACCCUGGGGUGCAGUCAGCGGCCGUCAACGUCAUCUGCGAGCUGGCCCGGCGCAACCCCAAGAACUACCUGUCCCUUGCCCCUCUCUUCUUCAAGCUGAUGACCUCCUCUACCAACAACUGGGUCCUCAUCAAAAUUAUCAAACUGUUUGGUGCUCUGACCCCCUUGGAGCCAAGGUUGGGCAAGAAGCUGAUCGAGCCUCUCACCAACCUGAUCCAUAGCACGUCUGCUAUGUCCCUUCUCUACGAGUGCGUGAACACGGUCAUCGCAGUGCUCAUCUCGCUGUCCUCUGGCAUGCCCAACCACAGCGCCAGCAUCCAGCUUUGCGUUCAGAAGUUGAGGAUCCUGAUAGAAGACUCCGACCAGAACCUGAAGUACCUGGGGCUGCUGGCCAUGUCCAAGAUCCUGAGAACACACCCCAAGUCCGUGCAGGCCCACAAGGACCUCGUCCUGCAGUGUCUGGACGACAAGGACGAGUCCAUCCGUCUGCGGGCUCUCGACCUCCUCUAUGGAAUGGUGUCCAAGAAGAACCUGGUGGAGAUCGUCAAGAAGCUGAUGAGCCACGUGGACAAGGCUGAGGGCACGACGUACCGGGACGAGCUGCUGACGAAGAUCAUCGACAUCUGCAGCCAGUGCAACUACCAGCACAUCACCAACUUCCAGUGGUACAUCAGCGUCCUGGUGGAGCUGACCCGGCUGGAGGGCACCCGCCACGGCCACCUCAUCGCGGCACAGAUGCUGGACGUGGCUAUCCGCGUGAAGGCCAUCCGCAAGUUCGCGGUGUCGCAGAUGUCCGCGCUGCUCGACCGCGCACACCUGGUGGCCAGCAGCACCCAGCGCAACGGCAUCUGCGAGGUGCUGUACGCUGCCGCCUGGAUCUGCGGCGAGUUCUCCGAGCACCUGCAGGAGCCCCAGCAGACCCUCGAGGCCAUGCUGCGGCCCAAGGUCACCACCCUGCCCGGCCACAUCCAGGCUGUGUACGUGCAGAAUGUGGUGAAGCUGUACGCAGCCAUCCUGCAGCAGAAGGAGCAGGCCGCGGAGCCGGAGGCAGCCCAGGACGUCACCCAGCUCAUGGUGGAGCGGCUGCCACAGUUCGUGCAGAGCGCGGACCUGGAGGUCCAGGAGCGGGCUUCCUGCAUCUUGCAGCUGGUCAAGCACAUCCAGAAGCUUCAGGCCAAGGACGUGCCGGUGGCGGAAGAAGUGAGCGCUCUUUUUGCAGGGGAGCUGAAUCCGGUGGCCCCCAAGGCACAGAAGAAAGUUCCAGUUCCUGAAGGCCUGGACCUGGAUGCUUGGAUCAACGAGCCGCCCUCGGACAGCGAGUCCGAGGACGAGAAGCCCAAGGCCAUCUUCCACGAGGAGGAGCAGCGCCACGUCAAGCAGCGGCAGCCCGAGGCUGACGAGGAGGAGCUGGCCCGGCGUCGAGAAGCCCGGAAGCAGGAACAGGCCAACAACCCGUUCUACAUCAAGAGUUCCCCAUCCCCCCAGAAGCUGCUGCACACACGUCCUUUUCUGUCAUCUGUUAUGCGUGGUGACACCUCGGUGCUUCUCCAGCGGUACCAGGACCUGCCAGGCGUGGAGCACAUUCCAGUGGUGCAGAUAGACCUGUCGGUGCCCCUGAAGGUGCCAGGGAUGCCCGCGUCGGACCAGUACGUGAAGCUGGAGGAGGAGCGGAGGCAGCGCCAGAGGCUGGAGAAGGACAGGAAGAAGAAGAAGAAGAAGGACAAGGAGCGGAAGGGCCGGGCGCGGCGCCGCGGCUCGCUGCUCUCGGAGAGCGACGAGGACGUCGCCCCGGCACAGCAGGUGGACAUCGUCACCGAGGAGAUGCCUGAGAACGCUCUGCCUAGUGACGAGGACGACAAAGACCCCAACGACCCCUAUAGGGCCUUGGACAUCGACCUGGAUAGGCCCCUAGCUGACAGCGAGAAGCUGCCCGUCCAGAAACACAGAAACGCAGACACCUCUAAGUCUCCUGAGAAGGAACACGUCCCCGUCACGGAAAAGAAGCCCAAGAAGCCCAAGAAAAAGGAGAAGAAGCUCAGGGAGAAGGAGAAGCAGCCCAGGGAGAAGGAGCGGGAGAAGGAAGGGAAGGAGGAGAAGCCGGGCGAGGACUUGGACUUCUGGCUGUCCACCACGCCGCUGUCUGCUGUGCCCCCGGCCCCAGAAGAGCCCGGAGCAAAUGCCGUCAUCGCUGCCGCUCAGGAAGAGGGUGAGGAGGCCAGGAGAGAGGAGCCGGCGGACGAGGCGGAGGACGACGACGAGCGCGACCCCGAGAAGAAACCUUCUAAGCAUAAGAAGAAGAAGCACAAGAAGGAGAAGGAGGAGAGAUCAAAAGACAAGAAGAAACCCAAGAAGAAGAAACCUGCCAGCGACGGGGCGGCAGAGCCCGUGGAGAACGGCGCUCUCGACGAGGACCCUCUCCCGCCCAUGUCCAGCUACUGCCUCUUGGCUGAAAAUUCCUACAUUAAGAUGGUGAGCAGUACAUACGACAUCCAGGGAAGCCUGCAGAAGGACAGCCAGGUCACUGUGUCCGUCGUCCUGGAGAAUCAGAGCAACAGCUUCCUGAAGAACAUGGAGCUCAGCGUGCUGGACUCGCUCAACACCAAACUGGCCCGGCCCGAGGGCUCCUCCGUCCACGACGGGGUCCCCGUGCCUUUCCAGUUGCCCCCAGGCGUCUCCAACGAGGCCCAGUUUGUGUUCACCAUCCGGAGCAUCGUCACAGCCCAGAAGCUCAAGGGGACCUUGUCCUUCAUCGCCAAGAACGACGAGGGCUCGACCCACGAGAAGCUGGACUUCCAGCUGCAUUUCAGCUGCACCUCAUACUUGGUCACGACGCCCUGCUACAGUGAUGCCUUUGCCAAGUUGUUGGAGUCUGGGGACCUGAGCAUGAGCUCAAUCAAAGUCGAUGGCAUUAGUAUGUCCUUCCAGAAUCUUCUGGCAAAAAUCUGUUUUCAUCACCAUUUUUCUGUGGUGGAGAGAGUCGACUCCUGCGCCUCCAUGUACAGCCGCUCCAUCCAGGGCCACCACGUCUGCCUCCUGGUGAAGAAGGGGGAGAAGUCCGUGUCCGUCGACGGGAAGUGCAGCGACGCGGCGCUGCUGGGCAGCUUGCUGGAAGAGAUGAAGGCCACGCUGGCCCAGUGCUGAGCGGCCGCUGCCUCGCCCUCGCCGGGACGGGGUGCCUCUGUUGGCCGGGCGAGGUGAUGCGUCGCGUUGAUGUAUCCUGUCGGCGUUUUUACUUUGACUCUUUGCACUCUUUGGGGAGAAGUGCUGAGGCCGCCCUCCUCAGGCGGGGCCUGCGGUAGCGACGCCGCCUGGGUAGCAGAUGGAACCGCUGUCCGGGCGCGGGGUGCGCCGUGGACGGCGCCGCGUGGUUUAUCCUGCUCCCGAGAGGCCCUCCGAGGGCCACGAGUCCUCCAGGUGCCCUGCCCGCGGGCACCUGCUCACUGCAGAGACACUCCUCGCCCUCCCGGCCGUGGGUCAAGACGCCUGCUGGCCAGAGGGUCGUGCAGGCUGCUGUCUGUCAUGUUCUUUGCGCCCCACCACGUCUUCGUGUCUCGGACUGGGGGGCCGCCACCCGCGGUGGGGAUCCGGUCAGAAGCCCCGAUGGCACAGGACCCAGACCCUGCUGGUUCACGGUGUCCCCUGUAGUGAGCUGUGUGUCCGUCGGCAGUGUUUGGUGAGUGGUGGGUCAUUGGGGAUUCCAGGUCCUUCCCGUCACCGAACGCUCCACAGGGUGCCCGCCGCUGCCAGGAAGACAUACUCCUAGGGUGGCCCGGCCCCAGAACGUAGCCCACGGAGCGAGGCACGGAGACCCGUUCCACGCCUGUGAGGCACUGCCUCAGGGCAGCGGGGGUGGGGGACGGUCCUCGCUGACGUACCUUCCUCCUGAUGCCCACGGUCACUUUAGCAUGUAGAGUAACCUCUUCCGGAAUCCUGUGCCGUGGCGCUAGAACGUCAGCACUGUGUGGCGUGUCAUGUGAGGAUCGAUUCGCUGUCGACAUUCCCAGGUAGAGGAGAGAUGUGUCCCGCUGCUGUAAUGAUUGUGUGUCCAGAUGAUCCAAUAAACUUGUGAAACAGA